GCAGCGCCGCCGCCUUGUUUUCCCCUCUUCGCCUUUUCUUUUCUUACCAACUUUCCACUGGAUUGCGAGGAACUUCCUUUCUAUCCUAUUUUUCUUCCAUUCUGAUAUACUUUCUCGCUUGACUCUUUACAAUGGACGUCAAGACUGUCGAGUUUCAGCCUUUCCAGGACCAGAAGCCUGGCACUUCUGGUCUUCGCAAGAAGGUUGUUGUCUUCCAGCAGCCUCACUACAGCGAGGCUUUCGUCACCAGCAUCUUGCUCUCUAUCCCUGAGGGUGUUGAAGGCUCUACUCUCGUCAUUGGUGGCGACGGUCGCUUCUGGAACCCCGAGGUUGUCCAGCUUACAGCCAAGAUUGGUGCCGCGUACGGUGUCAAGAAGCUCCUCAUCGGCCAGAACGGUAUUCUCUCGACUCCUGCCGCUUCUCACCUCAUCCGACUCCGCAAGGCUACUGGUGGUAUCCUCUUGACCGCCAGUCACAACCCUGGUGGCCCCAAGAACGAUUUCGGCAUCAAGUACAACCUGGCCAACGGUGGCCCUGCUCCCGAGUCGGUUACCAACAAGAUCUUCGAAACCUCCAAGACCUUGACUUCCUACAAGAUUGCCGCUAUCCCUGAUGUCGACCUUCAGACUGUCGGCACCCACACCUAUGGCCCUCUCGAGGUUGAGAUUGUCGACAGCACCGCUGACUACACCGCCAUGCUCAAGGACAUCUUCGACUUCCCCACCAUCAAGAAGUUCUUUGAGUCUCACCCCGAGUUCAAGGUCCUUUUCGACGGUCUCCACGGUGUCACUGGCCCUUACGGCAAGGCCAUCUUCGAGGAUGAGCUUGGCCUCACCGGUGCUAUCCAGAACUGCGUUCCCAGCCCCGACUUCAAUGGCGGCCACCCUGACCCCAACCUCACCUACGCCCACUCCCUUGUUGAGGUUGUCGACAAGAACAGCAUCCCCUUCGGUGCCGCCUCCGAUGGUGACGGUGACCGUAACAUGAUUUACGGCGCCAAUGCCUUCGUGUCCCCUGGUGACUCUCUGGCCAUCAUUGCUCACCACGCCAAGCUCAUCCCUUACUUCCAGAGAAACGGUGUCAACGGUCUUGCCCGCUCCAUGCCUACCAGCGGGGCUGUUGACCUCGUUGCCAAGGCCCAAGGCCUCGACUGCUACGAGGUUCCCACCGGCUGGAAGUUCUUCUGCGCCCUCUUCGACGCCAAGAAGCUUUCCAUCUGCGGUGAGGAGAGUUUCGGUACCGGAUCCGACCACAUCCGUGAGAAGGAUGGCCUCUGGGCUAUUGUUGCCUGGUUGAACAUUAUCGCUGCCCUCGGUGUCCAGAACCCCGAAGUCACUCCCUCCAUUAAGCAGAUCCAGAAGGACUUUUGGACCCAGUACGGCCGUACCUUCUUCACCCGCUACGACUACGAAGAUGUCGACUCUGAGGGUGCUAACAAGGUUGUUGGCGAGCUCGCCAAGCUCGUUGCCGACCCUGCCUUUGUUGGCAGCACUAUUGGAGGCCGCACCGUCACCCGCGCCGGUAACUUCUCUUACACCGACCUUGACGGCUCCGUCUCCUCCAACCAGGGCUUGUUUGCCUGCUUCUCCUCUGGCAGCCGCAUCGUUGUCCGUCUCUCCGGUACUGGCUCUUCCGGCGCCACUAUCCGCCUUUACAUCGAGCAGCACACCAGCGAUGCCUCCAUGUACGACCUCGAUGCCCAGGACUUCCUCAAGGAAGAGGUUACCUUUGCCACUGAACUGCUCAAGUUCAAGGAGCAUGUUGGCCGUGAUGAGCCCGAUGUCAAGACAUAA